ACUUUUUCAUUUGAUGCAACAAACUAGCAGAUGAGAAAUUGGUGUAUCAGCAGAAGCUGUCUGCUGGAGAUCUAGCUGUCUUCUGUCUUGUCGACUAGUCCGCCUCAAUUUUUUCCCUUAUUUGGUUUGACAGAUUCAGUUAUUAGUUAUGUUUGCUUCAAAGCAACUUGUUCGUUUCUUUGUGACGACACCAUCCAGCUGGAAUUCAAGCAAAGCGCUGCUAGCAAAACUUCGCAAAAAGACUGGUUACUCAUUUGCGAAUUGUAAAAAGGCCCUUGAUAAGCAUAACAAUGAUGCGGAACAGGCAGAAAAGUGGCUCCACGAACAAGCUCAAGCACUUGGUUGGUCGAAGGCCACAAACGUAGGAAACCGCAAGACCACUGAAGGCUUGGUUGCAGUUAUUGUUAAUAAGAACCAUGGAGCGAUGGUGGAGCUUAAUUGUGAAACGGACUUUGUUGCUCGCAACAGCUCUUUUCAGACACUUAUUCAGAUGAUAGCAAAGUCCUGUGUGUCUGUGGUGCCUGAAGUUUGUGGCAGCAACAAUUCAGUUACCAAGGAGCUCUUGGAUGGUUCCAAACUGAGUUCACUGUCAGCCCCUGAUGGUAAAACAUUGGCAGACCACGUUGCACUUAAUAUUGGCCUUCUUGGAGAGAAUAUGACGUUAAAAAGGGCUGUCCUUGUCUCUACCAAAGAUGAUAUCCUCUUGUCAGGAUACUCUCAUCCUUCCCCAAAGGAACAAAACGAGGCAUUGCUCGGGAAAUAUGGGGCAAUAGUUGCCUUUAAUAGCAAAGACCAGCAGCCAUUGUCAGAUGAACAAAUUAAAUUGGGUCGGCAACUGUGCCAACAUGUCAUUGGUAUGAACCCAAAAUCUAUUGGAAACAAUGAAACAGAUAAACCUCAAGAUAAUGCAGAUGAUGAGACAGUAAUGAUCUAUCAAGAGUAUCUCUUGGAUCCUGAAACAAAGGUUGAGGCGGUGUUACAAGAGGGAAAUGUGAAUGUUGUGGAUUUUGUACGAUUCGAAUGUGGGGAAACUGAUGUUGUUACUGAAGAUGUCUCAGCUGCAAGGGCGCAAGCAUGAUUAUUUAGUGAAUAUAGUGACAGUGUCACUUUGGUCAAGCUUCAAAGUGUUAAGAAUUCUACUCAUUGCAGCUGAUAAUAGUACUAUACUGGUACCACCAUUCACUUUUACUGUACAAGUCACAUACUGUAUUUUGGAAUUUUCCAACAUGUGAAUAGAAGCAAACUAAUAUCAUAUGAGAAAA